GUUCGGUAUAAUCGCUAUUUUCACAUCCCUGGUCAUAUUCCUCACUGUUAAAACUGAAAAAUUAUAUGAGAAUAAGGGGAACGUAACAUACCGUCAGUUGCUAUCAAAUGUGGGAAUCAUUAUCAAUGUGUUGAUUACCAUGAAUGCCGGCGCUCUCAUCGGAUUCAAUACAACGACACUGGAGUUGCAUUUGGAAGAUAUAACAGAGUUGUCGGCAUCAAUGGUUGGCCUCAUAUUCUUGAUAUCGGGUGUAAGUCUUGUGGCAUUCAAUCACAUUUGGGAGCAUUUGGCCCAUAAAAUCAAUAAUAAGUUCACAAUUAGUUUAAUCGGAUGCCUGUCGGCGCUGAUAUGUCUGACAAUUAUAGGACCCAUACCUAUGAUAGAGAUUGAGCCUCAAUUGUAUUUGGUAAUAAUAUCACAAGUAUUGCUUGGGCUGGGAAUCAGUGCAUUAUUGGUGGGAACAUUUGCUCAGGGUACUCGAGAGACCGUUAGAGGAGGGUUUAUAGAGUGUUCGUCCACUACGGCAGUCCUAUCAUCACUGUUCACCACAUUUGAGGCUUUGGGGGAUGCAUUUGGUCCGGUAGUCGGCGGCACUCUUAUGGAAAGUUUUGACUAUUCCUGGUCUUCGUUCCCAUUCUUUGCUUUUCAACUAUUUUUGAUGGGCGCUAUUAUUAUAUACUGUUUGUGGCGAGAGUAUAAUAAGGAUAAUCAGGAUGAUUUUGUUGUUGAUAAUAGUAUAUAUCACGUCGAUAAUAGUGAUGACGUUAAGAUGCGACAAACAGGUAACUUAUGGCUCGUAAUAGUGUCCCAAAUACUACUGGGUUUAGGUAUCAGUUCGUUACUGAUCGGCACAAUAGCCCAGAGCACCCGGGAGACCAUGAGGGCCGGGUUUGUGGUCAAUACGUCCACAACAGCUAUACUCACAUCACUGUUGACCACCAGCGAGUCGUUAGGGUUUGUAUCACUUUAUUAAUGC